CGUGAACAACUAAGAGGCGAAGGAGAAGUAUGUAAAAUAUUUAAAGAUUUCCUUGCUAAUCAAACAGAUCCUGAAACAUUGGAGAAUCAUUCUGAUUGGCUUAUAAAAAUGAUUGAUUCUUGGGGAAAAAUUCCGAGUGGAAUUACGGAAGGCAAUGUCAAUGAUUUGGGUCAGUUCGACGAAUGCAUGGCCAUUGAAGGAAAAAACAUAGAUGUCUCCGGAAAAUAUUGCGAGGAGGGGUUAACAUUAUUUAAUAAAAUUAGCAUUGCAGUUUGCAUUCCCACCGAUUGCGAACUGUUCCCUAUAGAAGGAUCAUCGUACAUUCAAGUUAAUUCAGGUUUUUGCCAAACUAAUGAUACGGGUUCUGAAUUUACCACUGGCGACAUAAUUGUUGCGGCCAUUUUCGGCAUAAUUUUGGCAUUGAUGGUGUUAAGCACAUGUUAUGACUGUUGUUUGCAUUAUACUCAAAACGUAAUAGAAGCAUUUCUUAAAUUGAUAAGAAAAAACGCUAAUACAAUGAUUUUAGAAAUAAAUUCGCCGCUCUUGAUUGCUUUUUCCGUUUUGACAAACACAAAGAAAUUAUUCGCGACUAAUUCACAAUCGUCAGGACAAGUUUCUUGUUUGAAUGGAAUUCGAACGAUUAGUAUGAUGUGGAUUAUCGCCGGGCACUCGUUUGUGAUGCAAGCAUCAUACCCAAAUGUCAAUCUUCGCUCAGCGUAUGAAUUUGUAAUGGAUGACAGAUCAAGCUAUGUUCGAGUAGCGCACUUUUCCGUCGACACGUUUUUCUUCCUCUCCGCAUUUUUGCUCUCCUAUAAUUACAUAAAAAAUAUUCAACGUGCAAAAGCAUCAGCUGAAAAGAAAUCAGAACAACCACAAAAUCCUUUAACUUUGAGCAAAGUACCAAUGUUUACAAUAAUGCCACCUAUGGCUGCUUUCUAUGCACUGGCAAAUACACUUGCAUUCCAUACUACAAAAGGACCUCUAAGUGUCAGUGUGAAUCCAAAUAUAUCUGAUGCAUGCUUUGACCAUUGGUGGAGUUUCUUUUUGUUUAUUCAGAAUUAUACGCAUCCUGAAAAUAUGUGUUUGCUGACGACUUGGUAUCUAUCUGCUGACAUGCAAAUGUUCUUAGCGUCGCCGUUAAUAAUCAUUCCAAUUGGAGAAUUAAUUUUACGAGGAAAAAAGCGAUUGGCGUACAUUUUUGUUAGUUUUGUCAUAAUUGCAUGUAUAGCUUUUCCAAUAAUACCUGAUAUUCUUCAGGAAGAGGAUGCCUUCCAAAAUGAAUACUCUACACAUCCAAGAUUAUCUAUCUAUGCAUUAGGUAUUUUAUUUGGUAUGAUCGUCAUCGAUUGCUCGAACAAAAAGAUUAAAAUUCAUAAUGCUUUGAAUGUGUUACUAUGGGUGGCUUCUCUUGGAGUUUUGGUAACCGUAGUUUGUACAAAUUUGGAUGCCGCCGUGGUCAAUCCAACAAUAGUUAAAAAGACAUUGUAUUACGCCUUUGCCCGGCCGGCAUGGGGACUUGCUCUCUGUUGGAUUUUAUUUGCUUGCCAUUUCGGUUAUGGCGGGCCAGUCAACUGGUUACUUUCAGCAUCAAUUCAUCAAGUUACGACAAGACUUUCUUUCAGCAUGUAUCUUUUACACAUGUUGGUUCAGACCAGAUAUUUGGCUUACGCCAGGACUGCGCUCCACUUUUCUGAGUAUGAAAUUAUUUAUCGUUGGUGCGGUGAUUUCAUCUUUACGAUUGUCUUUUCUAUCAUUUGGGUGUUGGCCUUUGAGUCACCUGUUGUGAUAUUGGAAAAACUUAUUUUCGGAGGCGGAAAAAAGCUAAAUCAAGGGAAAAUACCAGGGAGAUCAAAACCGACGCUCAACAAGUCUAAAAAUUAA